UUGUACCACUCGUAGGCUUGUGUUUUUGAUAAAAGUGGAUCACAGUAGGCCUUUUCCAACAUUCGUACCGGUACCGCACAAUGUAUAUGUAUAUAACCAUGUAGUCGAAACGCGUAGAUACCAGUUUCAAACCAUGUUGCCUUGUAAAAAACUCGCGAUUGCAAUAAAUAUUUUACAUAAAACGCCAUUUAAUCAAAACACAAAUAUAUCCUUUGCCGUCUUUGUUACAAAAUAGUCAUAUAUAUUUAAAUAUAUUAACCAAAAGUAGUCACAAUUAUAGCAUUACGAGGGUACGGCUGAGGCAUCAACAGCAGUUGCUAGCCUACAGCCACCAUUCUCCCCCGCAAGCCUUUUACAGACACAGAAAAUUAAUUAUAAGUAUUGUAACCUAUUAAAAAUUUAAGAUUCUUGACACGGUCGCAACCAUAUUGGGUUUAAUUGCCGCUGCGCUUCCACAUUUUAUUCAUCGCUUGCAUUACUCAUAUCACUCUUGCCUCCAUCCCUUCAUCAACAUAUUCACGAAAAGCUUUUGCAUUCUUUGUCUAAUAUUAUUAAUAUUAUUUGUUUUCAUUUUCUCUCUUUUAUCUUUAUCAACACUCUUCGCAAUAAUAACGACGAAUAUAAAAAAAUUAUUAAACAAUGGAAAUGCAAAUCAAACCACAACAACACCAACGAAAACAAUAAUCAUAUUCAUAUGGAUGUUUGGUGAAAAUUUAUGCCGCCGCCAACGCCGCACACAUUUGGCGACGCCCCCGCACACAACUCCCGCUGACACACCAAUACACCGUUGAUAUUCGUGGAUUCUCCGCUUUGCGUGCUUCGCAAAUUUCCAUUGACUCUUCGCGUAUACCGAACCGUUUGCUCGUUUUUGUUAUCAAUGCGUCGGUUGUUGUCGCUCGGUACGGAUGUGUUUUCGCGGCGUCGUCGUUCGGUCAUUGUUCGCCUACUGUCACCGAAACAAAACAACUUCGACGAACGUUAUGCCGGCUUCCGUACGUCUGGUAUUGACGUUUUCACAAGCAGUACAACAGCGCAGACAAGUAGACGCAAUCCAGUAGAGGGACGCGGCACACGACACACGCACGAGUUUGUCCCAUAGCGGUAACGACAACAACAGCAACAGCGACUGCAGUAAGAAUAUCCGCCGAGCUAACACAGGCAGAAGAGCCAACGACGACGACGACGACGAAUCAGCAGCGAGCAAAGAACUGAAAUCAUGGCAAAUCCGCGCAAAUUUAGUGAGAAAAUCGCAUUACAGAAGCAGCGCCAGCAAGAGGGCACCGCUGAGUUCGAGCGUAUUAUGAAAGAGGUUUACGCAACUAAAAUGGAUGAAACUCAAGCGAAUCAGAAGAUAUUGGAAUGCUGUUUGGUAAAUACUGACAUCGGCAGCAAUCACGCCACAAAUGCCAGUUUGGUAAGUGGCGCUGGUAUAGGAGGGGGCGGUAGUGGCGGCGGAGGUGGAGGAGGCGUUGUGGUUAAUACUGCGGAUGGCGGUGGUGUCGGCAAUAGCGGCGGCGCAUCAAAUACCACCAACAGUGGCAGUGGUGGAGCCUCUCCGGACGGCACACAUAAUAGCAAUUCGCGUGAGUCACGUGGUCGUAGCGUCGGCGUCGGACCGAUGCGACGUCCCUCGGAGCGCAAACAAGAUCGUUCGCCAUAUGGCAGCAGCGCUGCCGUCGCAACCGGCAUGAAUGCGGGCAUGAGCAACAACGCAUAUCUUAGUCCGCCGAUGGAUAGCAGUUGGCGGCGCUCCAACUCUGACUCGGCACUUCAUCAAACGCUGAAUAUGGCAGUAGCGGCAGAGGGCGGUUUCGGGCCGGUUGGUGGCAUGAGCGGUAUGGGGGAUAUGAAUGCGCUACACGCCAAUUACCAGCACCACAAUCAACGAUCUCAUUCGCCAAAUAUUGGCCGCAGCUUCAGUCCACAAGCACAAAGACGGAAAGGCCAGAUGCUACAUCAGCAGCAACAGCAGCAGCAGCAGCAACAACACCUACACCAUAGUCAGCAGCAUCUGCACUUGCAGCAGCAACAUCAACAGCUGCAGCAACACUUUCAGCAGCAGCAGCAACAACAGCAUAUGCAUCAGCAACAAGCACAACAGCAACAUGUCCAGCAGCACCAUGCGCAACAGCCAGCGAGUAGCAUUAGCCAACAGCAACAUCCGCAACAAUUCAAUGCCAAAUAUUCUAACUGCAAUAUGCCAAUAAAUAGUCUAUUCAAAUCGCUGCAGGAGCAAACACUGGCGCUCGCCAAUACCGGUUCGUUGCCGGACCUGACGUCAUUGCAUUACCCGCCCGCACAACAACAACUAAUGCACCAGCAGCAGCAGCAACAGCAAACGCUUUCGCCCAUCCUGUCACCGCACAACAAUGGCCGCGAGCGCGAUCAGUCCUCAAGUCCCUUCAGUCCGGCUGGCGGCAAUGGCAAUGGCAUAGGUGGUGGUCCACCGUCACCUUAUCAGCAGCAACAACACUCGCCCACGUCAGCCGCCAACACACCUACAGCAGCGCAAACAUCGCCGCAUUUAUCAUUCACAAAUCUCGCCGUUCAGUCACCAACCGGCAACGGCUCCAAUACACAAAAUACCGCACAAGCCGGUACAUUCACCAACCUGCCUACCUUGGGCGCCGCCAGUUCGACGGGCAAUCUUACCGAAUAUCGGCAGCCAUUGAAUCCACCCAGUCCGGGCUCCUCACCCGGCCUGCUAACGUCCGUCUCGAGCAAUGAUGUGGUGCACAUCAGCGCGCCAGCCAGUCCAAUUCGGCAUCCGCAGGCCGGCAUGAUCGGAACCAAUAUGCAGGCCUACAAUGAGAAGAACAUGCAGGCCUUCGAUCGUUACUCACCUGCAUUAGCUGGAGCUGCGCCAGAAAAUGCCGGCUUCAACAGCCUCAACUCCUCGUUCCAUAAUCACUUUGAGCAGUUCACGCUAGGCGACAGCAAUUCCUCUCCUGAGCAGCAGCAGCAGUUGCAGCAACAUUUUCAGCAGCAGCGCCAGCAACAGCAGCAACAGAAUAGCUUUACCGCAUUAGAUUUCGAUGUCUUCGGCAGUGGUGGCAAUGGAUCGCCUUAUUCACAGCCCCUAACACAGAGCAAACAAUUGGACUUUAGCGAUCUGACGGGUGAGUCCGGCUCUGCGGUGACGGCAACGACGCAAAGUAGUAGAGUUGGCACGUGUAACACCAACAACGGCGGCAACACCAGCAAUAACAACAACACACACCAAGGUACACGCAUACUCUCACAUCAAAUGCUGAAUAACAAUGGUGCCGGGGCUGGUAGUAAUGCGAAUAGUAACGCCACAACAAACGGUCCCUGUCGCAUCAGUAACAACAAUGUGAAUCUGACGCAAGCGAAUGAAGUGAACUCUUCGCCCAUACCCUCGCCGUUGGGCUGCCUGCCGUCACCGUCUUCACCCUUACCGAUUCCUAUAAAUGCGCAAUCGCCGCAUCAUCAGCACCAGCAAUUGUCGCUGUCGCUGCACUCGCAUUCAGCACAACCAUCACCGCACCAUUCGCCCCUGCAUUCGCCGCACCACGCCUCCCCACUGUCAUCCUCCUCGCCGGGCAUAACAACGCUGACGGGUGGAGUCUCGACUGCGCCACAUGUUGGUGGCAACGGCACAAAUAAUGCAGCCACGCAUCACAAUCAACAUCAGCAGACGACGCAACACCACCAGCAACAACAACAUCUUCAACACCACCACCAUCAACAGCAUCAUCAUCACCAUGCACAGAACCACGCUAAUACGCCGACAAACACCAAUAUACCGGCAAUCAUCUUCUCCGACUACUCGUCGCGUGAAAUCUUCGACUCGCUCGAUCUGGAUUUGAGUCAAAUGGACGAGACUGCGCUAGAUCUACUAGCGGAUCAGAACUCGAUCAUGAUUGCCGAUCCAAGCAUCGAGGAUAGUUUUCGCAAAGACCUUAACUGAUACUAUGAGGAAGCUGUUGCAGCUAUUGAGAGUGGCGUACUGCUCGACGACUCCUUCGAUCCGCUGGGGCCCAUAGUCGACGUCACUGAGGUACUGGGCAAUCCGCUGGCGGAUACAACAAAGUGCAAAACAGAGGACGACACAACCGACACAGCCACAAAUACAGCAACUACUACAACGGCAACAGCGACCACCGAGGACGAGGACGCCAACAACACUCUACCCAUCACACUCAACAUCAGCGGCCAAGAGAAUGUCGAAGACGACCUGAACAAUGUCGACGACAACAUAAGUAUCGGUCUCGGUAUCGGCAUUGGCUUGGGCAUAGAUGGCGGCAGCGUUGAGAACAAUGGUGAUGUGGAGGAUUUCUUCUUCUAAAUUACGCUAGUUUAAGCGACGGUGGUCCGUCACGAAGGUGGGCAGGGGCGCCGACUAACACAACUGUUUUCAGCGUCGUUCGCAUGAAAUGACGCCGUCAGCGGUUGGCUGGAAUGACGCACACAGUUAAACAAAAAACACGCUCAAGCCUA